UUCGUUUCGUUCGUCAGGUUAGUUGGAUUGCAGCAUUCAUAGUGUGAGGAAGUGUUAGAGAUUCGUGUGGGAAAAGGAAGUUUUUCGAGGCAAUUUAAAAAUAUUUGACGGAGACAAUGUCUGACAAAGGAAUUUCUCAGAUGUCAGCUGGACGGGCACGUGGUCGUGGUCGUGGGCAACAGCCAGAGCCCGGCCCCAGCAGUGGAGGAAAUGGCAACGGACGCAGAGAUCCGACACGAGGCGCAGGCAGCGGCGUCGUUGUGCAUUCACAGGGUGGUAGCUACAGCGAUGCAGCUCAUCGUGUCCGACCGGGUGUUCCUGUGCAGCCGCUGUCGGCUGGCCGAGCUACGGCUCACUGCACUCAAGGUCCAUCGACAUCCAGGGGUGGUCCGGGUGAUGCUCAAGCGGCCCGAAGCAGUGAUCUGUCUCGUGGUGCUCGUCGUGGAAAUCGAGCCAUCAAUGACAUUAUUGUUACGCGACCAAGUGCACUUAAUACAAAGAAGGGAGAGACAGGGGAAGUGAUUGGACUGGUGGCCAAUUACUUUCGAAUCCUGAAGAAGCCCGAAUGGAAUAUUUACAAAUAUCGCGUGGAUUUUUCACCAGAUAUUGAACUUUUGGGCCACAGGAAGGCAAUGAUGCGUCAUCAUGUUCCGCGUUUGGGAUCUUUUCAGUUUGAUGGUACAAUCAUAUUUUCGCCCUACAAAUACCAAAACGAUCCGAUGAUUUUGAUCGACAAAGAUGAUAAAGAUCAAGCUAUACAGAUAACAAUUCGAUUUGUGGGUGAACUCCUGGCAACUGAUGGCCAAUACACGCAUCUCCUCAAUCUUAUCAUGAGGAGCACAAUUGAAAGCCUCAAUAUGCAGAGGGCAUAUGGACCAAAGGGUACCAAAUACUUUGAUGCUCUGCAGAAGAUUGAUAUACGCGAGCACAACUUGCAAGUGUGGCCAGGAUUCAGUACAUCCAUUCGCCAACAUGAAACUGACAUAAUGAUUUGCGCUGAAGUGACACACAAAGUCAUUCGCAUGGAGAGCUGCUAUCGAGCAAUGCAGGAAUGUGGCCGAAAUCAAGAUGAAGUAAAGCGCCUCCUGAUUGGUCAAAAUGUUGUAACUGAGUACAAUAAUUUAACUUAUCGCAUUGACGAUGUUGAUUUCCAACUUUCGCCAAAAUCUUCAUUCGAGAAGAAGUCUGGAGAGAAGAUCACAUUCAUCCAGUACUUCCGUGAUCGCUACAACGCCACUAUUCGUGAUCCCCAUCAGCCACUUCUGGUGUCCAGGGCAAAGGCACGUGAUAUCCGUGCUGGACGUCCGGAAGUGGUGAAUCUCGUGCCGGAAUUGUGCCGACUAACAGGAUUGACAGAUCAGCAAAGGACAAAUAACAGGCUGAUGAGGGAUAUGGCGCAGCAUACGAGGAUUGGUCCGCAAAUGCGUAUAAAGCGUUUUGUGGAUUUGAAUCGACGCAUUCAAAAUGAGCAGCGUGCUCAGGAGGUGAUGCAGAAGUGGGAAAUGAAACUCGAUAGGCAUCUUGUAGAGUUUCCAGGACGUGUUCUUCCGAAAGAAGAGAUUCGCUUUGGUGGUGACAUCUAUGAUAGGCCCAACAAUGAAGCUGAUUGGACUUUCUUGACGAAGAAGAAUCGGCUGUUUGAGUGCGAUCGAUUGGUCAAUUGGCAUGUUAUUUGCACAGAUAGAGAUUACAAUUUGACCACAAAAUUCCUCAGCAUGAUGAUGAGUACGGCUGGAAGGGCAGGAUUUCAGAUCAGUAAUGCCAAGUUCAUUCGCAUUCGAGAUGAUCGUUCCACAUCUUAUGUGCACGCCAUUGAACAGGCCUGCAAUGAUUCUACGCAAAUCAUAAUGUGUGUGGUGCCGAAUCAGAGUGGAGAUCGCUACAGUGCGAUCAAGAAGAAGUCCUUGGUGGACAGGGCAGUACCCACGCAAGUGAUGUGGACGAGGGUGAUGUCAAAUGAUAAAGUCCUGGGUGGAGCAGUGUCAAAGGUUAUGAUUCAGAUGAAUUGUAAACUUGGCAAUGCACCAUGGACUGUGAGGAUUCCCUUGAAGGGUGUAAUGAAUUGUGGCUUUGAUGUGACCUUCGAUGCCAAUGACAAAUCAAGGUCAUAUGGUGCCUUUGUGUCAACGAUGGAUCUAAGGCAGUGUAAUACUUACUAUUCGGCCAUUUCACAGCAUCGCCAUGGAGAGGAAAUGAGCAAUUUCCUUGUUGUGAAUAUGAUGAAGGCACUAAAGCAGUACGAGCAGAUUCACAAGGAACCGCCAGGUCGCAUCAUAUUCUAUCGCGAUGGUGUUGGCGAGGGUGAUCUCAGUCAUGUGAUGGAAUUCGAAGUCAGGAAGCUCGUUGAUGAUCUGAAGAAGGCAUAUGGGGAGAGAGCCCCAAAACUUGCUUAUAUCAUUGUGACCAAGAGGAUCAAUACGCGCAUCUUUAAGAAGAUCAAUGGAAGGGACGAAAUCCAGAAUCCACCUCCGGGAACUGUCGUUGACGAUGUCAUCACCCUUCCCGAACGCUAUGAUUUCUUCAUUGUGUCCCAGAGUACGCGCCAGGGCACAAUUGCUCCCACCAGUUACAACGUCAUUUACGAUCAAACGGGCCUUCCUGCUGAUAAAAUCCAAAUUUGGACAUACAAAAUGACCCAUCUCUAUUACAAUUGGAGUGGGAAUGUCAAGGUUCCAGCCGUUUGUCAGUAUGCCCAGAAGUUGGCCAUCCUCGUUGGUCAGCACAUUCAUGCCGAGCCAAAUGCGCUCCUCGAGAAGAGGCUCUACUUCCUCUAGAUACCUCACGAUUUUUCACCAUCCUAAGUCGUAUUCAAAAGUAAGUACGACGUUAUUAUUUUUUUCCUUCGUAAGUUUUCAAAAAUAUUUCCAUUUAUAUUUUUCUUUCAAUAAUCUUUCUCUUUUCUAUUGAAAUUGCUUGAUUUUUGUUAUUUUACUAAGAAUAAGCAAAAAAAAGAAAACAUUUAAAUUUCCAAAAGAGAAUUUAUAAACUUUGUUGUACUUUUUGCUACUAUAUGAAUUUUUCUUUUUCAUCCUUAUAAUUGCAUUUGUCUCAUGGAUAUUUUUUUAUGUACGCAAAGUAAGAUAGAAAAUGUUUAUUACUUUACGAUCACUUUGAAUUUUGAAAUCUUGCAUCUUUUACAUUUGUCAUUCUCAGCAACAAAGAAUGCAAACAAAAAAAUAUCCAUGCAUUUUUUCUAUUGUAAGCUCUAAAGUGCCUUAAUAAAAAUUGAAUUAUACUAAA